AUUACCCAGUGGCCCCUUCGGUCUGGACACAUUUGCACAUGCGCAGAAUCGUACGCCCCUGCCCAUUCCUCAGCCCUCUCGUCUCUCAAGAAACAGGUGGACUACAAGUACCGGAAGGCCGCGGGCGCUUAACUGCGACUGCACGUGCGCGCACAGCUGCCCGCCGGAAGAACCGAGCUUGGCUGUGUUUAUCUCGUUGGGGACUAAGGCGUCGGUUGGCGCGCAACGGGUUCUAGGCUGCAGGCAGCGCGAGGACCCGCGGCCCCGCCCCGGCCCGGCCUGGCAGGUAGCAGAGGCAGCAGGCCGUGCCGGGGGGGCAUGUUGCUGUAACCAGUGGCCCAGGGGAUGUUACGGUGGACAGUGCACCUGGAGGGCGGGCCCCGCAGGGUGAACCAUGCUGCAGUGGCUGUCGGGCAUCGGGUAUACUCCUUCGGGGGUUACUGCUCUGGUGAAGACUAUGAGACAUUGCGUCAGAUAGAUGUGCAUAUUUUCAAUGCAGUGUCCUUGCGUUGGACAAAGCUGCCCCCGGUGAAGCCUGCCAUCCGUGGGAAAGCUCCUGUGGUUCCCUACAUGCGGUAUGGACACUCGACUGUCCUCAUCGACGACACCGUCUUCCUCUGGGGCGGGCGGAAUGACACCGAAGGGGCCUGCAAUGUGCUCUAUGCCUUUGACGUCAAUACUCACAAGUGGUUCACACCCCGCGUGUCAGGGACAGUUCCUGGGGCCCGGGAUGGACAUUCGGCCUGUGUUCUGGGCAGGAUCAUGUACAUUUUUGGGGGCUACGAGCAGCUGGCGGACUGCUUUUCCAAUGACAUUCAUAAGCUAGAUACCAGCACCAUGACAUGGACUCUUAUCUGUACAAAGGGCAACCCUGCACGCUGGAGGGACUUCCACUCAGCCACGAUGCUGGGAAGUCACAUGUAUGUCUUUGGGGGCCGUGCCGACCGCUUUGGGCCAUUCCAUUCCAACAAUGAGAUUUACUGCAACCGCAUUCGCGUCUUUGACACCAGAACUGAGGCUUGGCUGGACUGUCCCCCAACUCCAGUGCUGCCUGAGGGGCGCCGGAGCCACUCGGCCUUUGGCUACAAUGGGGAGCUGUACAUCUUUGGUGGCUAUAAUGCAAGGUUGAACCGGCAUUUCCAUGACCUCUGGAAGUUUAAUCCUGUGUCCUUUACCUGGAAAAAGAUUGAACCGAAAGGGAAGGGGCCAUGUCCCCGCCGGCGCCAGUGUUGCUGUAUUGUUGGUGACAAGAUUGUCCUCUUUGGGGGUACCAGUCCGUCUCCUGAGGAAGGCCUCGGAGAUGAAUUUGACCUCAUAGAUCAUUCUGACUUACACAUUUUGGACUUUAGCCCUAGUCUGAAGACUCUGUGCAAACUGGCCGUGAUUCAGUAUAACCUGGACCAGUCCUGUUUGCCCCAUGAUAUCAGGUGGGAGCUGAAUGCUAUGACCACCAACAGCAAUAUCAGUCGCCCCAUCGUCUCCUCCCAUGGGUAGGAGGAAGUUUCUGCCACCUCCCCUCCUGAGCCUGCUGUCAUCUUCACUGCCCCUGCCCAUCUGUCACCCACCUGCUCCUUUGGACCCUGGACUUGGUAUACCUCUAUGUGGAGUUGUUGGGCGAGAAGUGUUCUUUGUACUGUGAAUUCAGUGGGGAGCUGUAGGGGGGUGGGGGCCAGGUUCCUCCCCCCUUGGGCCGAGGGCCCCUUCCCCUUGGUGCUCUGUCCCCAUCCACCUCCCUUCAGCUGCUCCUGGGUCUCGGCUCUGCCCAGGGCCAGCCAGGUUCUGCUGGGAAGGGAAGGGAAUGGGGAGAAGGGAGAAGCAAGCAGUGUCUGAGCCUCAGGAGCUUCCCCCUCCCACUUCGCCUAUCCCCUCCUCCUGCUUGAGCCUUGAGCCUUGACUGGGAGCUGAAAGGAGUUGCAGCUUUUGGCAUGAGACCUCCUUCUCCCUGACUUGGGGAGGCGGGGACCAGCAGAUAAUCCCACCCUUCUUGAGCUGUCGCUGUACCCUGAAGCUCAGCCAGCUCAGAUUUUAUAAAAAUGAAUUAAAACCUCCAAA